UCUCUCUCUCUCUCUCUCUCUUUUACUCUCUCUCACCUCUCUCUCUCGCCAUCCAACUAGAGCUCUGUCUCUUCCUGGCAUGGAGGGAGAGAAGGGAAGAAAGUAAAGAAAGAGAGAUUGGGAACUAGAGACUGACAUAAGAACACGAGUACGACAUGGUCAGCAUCACCUUGUCAGCUUGUGCUCCUUCGUUCACCAGAAUCCCCACAAAGGAUUGAAAAGGGCAUUUUGUUUAUUUUGUUAUUCCUUGACCAAUUUUUGACUUAAUCUCUUGGUCUUUUGGAUUUUUGAUAUUACAUCUUUUUUUCAAACAUUACUGGAGUUCCCAAUUUAUUUAAGGAGGACGGAAAGUAGAUGUGCCAUGUGCUACCUUACCUAUGGUACUGUAGGGUCCUGUGGGUAAACAACUGUACUGACAGAUCACGCUGGUUUUCAUGCUGCGUAGCCUUUGCUGAUGUCGAGCGUACCGUUGCCAUGAUGCAGCCACCACCUUGCUUGGUAAUACAGAGGCAGGUUUGAAAACCGUCCAACAUUUAUGCACCGGGGACAAUGUGGAUUGUAUGGACAGUUUGAUUCAUAUCCGAAAAGACAGACAGACAGACUGGGGGACUAAUCAACAGUGUCGGCCGAUGGUGACUCAUUCAAAGACAACGUACUUGGCUAUUCUUCAGGAUGUACUAUGGGAAAAAGACGUCUAGACUACUAAACUUGAAACCAGACCAACCAGUCUGCUGUGGAGCUCCAAGAAGAUCCAGAGACGCCUCGGUCAGAACACUAGUAAACACUGGCACAUGAUUAUUGAUGUGAGCAUCGUCUGCCCAGCCACUGUAGAUUGGACACAGCCUCUUGAGUGGGGCCAUGAAUGCAAGAUCACACUCACACGCUCUCUCCUUUUUUUCCUUCUCUCUCUCUCUCACACACACACACACACACACACACACACACACACACACACACACACACACACACACACACACACACACAUACGCACUCGCUCUCACACACGCACUCGCUCUCACACACGCAACAGGCCUCAGAAUGAGAGGUGACAAUAAGACUGGACUGAGCCAAACCCGAGGGCAUCAGCCUUAGCUUCAACACCACCCACAGACUCCUGACCCCUGAAAACCCAGGACCCACACAGCCCAUCACAGACACCUCUGGACUGAUUAAUAACAGCAGUAGACAACCCGUCGUUCAGGAGGACCAGGGGACUAACAGCAUAAUAAGGGGAUAUUAUCUGGAGUAGCCGCAGAGGCUCGGGGCUGAGAGAGGUCUGUGGAGGUCUAUAGGUGUCUAGCAGCAGCAGCUAGUGGCCGAGACACUAUGCUGGGUGAGAGAGACAGAACAGCGGAAGGGGUGAGGGGUGCAGUGGUGGGGUGCCUUCCCACAGGUACCAUGAUGGAGAAACUGAACCCCACCUCUGACCCCCUAUCGGAGUCUGAACGACUGAGCCCUCAGCAGGCCCCCUCACCGGCUUCACUUGACACUAGUAGCCCACCGCCGGUUAAUGAACCAGGGAGUCCGGGAGACAGGUUUGUCCCACCGAGCCCCCCUGCCUCCCCCCCUCCACCUCCAGAGUCCCCUACCAAGUUGCUUGACCACCCUGCCGCCACCAACAUCGCACCUGAACCACCGGUCUCCAUGGAAACAAACAACACCAAGGGAGGAGGUUUAAUUUGCUCCUCUCCGAAAGCCCCCUCCUCCUCUCCGCCUCCUCUUCUCCCAGCCCCAGUGUCUACAUCCACUACCCCUGCCGUCCUCCCUACAUCCUCCUCCUCCUCUUCUUCCUCCUUUUCCUCUAUUGCCCCCCUCCCUCCCCACAUCCCUGUUAUUAGUCUGGGACACAGUAAACCCCCCCACCCCCUCUCCCUCCCCAGUAACACCCCUCUAACCACCCUGCACCCCAUCCCCAACCACCCCCACCACCAUGACCCUUACCAUCACACCCACCACCACGGGGGCAUCCGCCUCACCCAGCUCACCUCCCUGUCAGGGACCAGACCAGGGGCCCCACCGAUACCCUCCCAGGGCUCCCUGCUGCCCCACCAGUACCUGCCACCACACCACUUCUUCAGCAGUUCUCAUCUUGGUCCCUCUGGUAACUAUGGAAUCUUUUCCAGUAGAAGCAUCAAGAGACGGUCCUCUUCACACUAUGAGUUGGAUCUCAGUGAUGCGGGCCCUCCUCAGAAGCUGGCGAGGCGUGUGUUCACCAACAGCCGGGAGCGGUGGCGCCAGCAGAACGUCAACGGGGCCUUCUCUGACCUCCGUAGGCUCAUCCCCACCCACCCUCCGGACAAGAAGCUCUCCAAGAAUGAGAUCCUCCGACUGGCCAUGAAGUACAUCGACUUCCUUGUCACCCUGCUCAACGACCAGUCCCAAGACAAAGCCAGGGGCUCGCCUGAGGAGGAGACCCAGGAUGAGAGGGCCCAAGUGGGGCUGAACAACAAGGAUAUGCACCCACUUUUCCAGGGUGACACUCCCUCUUCAACUAUGGUCUACCACGACAGAGGAGACUCCACAGACUCAUCGAUCAUCGCCCUGGCAACCUCCCCGACCUCCAGUUGCUAUAGCAACACAGACAGUGAGGAGAACCUGGGGGGCGGGGCUAAGAGCUCAAUGGUGGUGCCGCGGGGCAUUCCGGGAAAGGUCAAAGGUCAGAUUCGGACUGCGGUGACACUUGCCAACGACCAGCGGUGACAUGACAUGUGACGUCACAAAGAGGACAAAAUUGAAUACCUGGUGGCAAGUAAUAUCCGACAAACUGACAGAAAGGACACAAAUGUACAGUAUACUUACUACUCUACCAGCAAUCUAUGAGACUUUUGGAAUCGAUGUAGUUCUUUCAAUAACAUGGUAUAUCUGCAAGGUCAGUUCUGAGUUCUUGUAGCAGUUUGUGGUAGUGUUUGACUGCCCCUCUGUCUGGAUUUUGUGUCCUGCAGUGUGGGACUGAGGCUUUCUGGGUAACGUAAGCUGUUUCAUCAGAACUGAGGCUUCUAUAGGGCUACCUGGGAAAUGUAGGCUUGACUGUUUGUACAUGCAGUCAGCACAGUGUCAGUUGCCCUAAAACCUCUGAAGGAGCCAUGUUGACCUCAUGGCUUUUUGCUUCCUGAAGUUUGAGACAUUAAAAAACAUCAAUGACGGUAACCUUCAGCCACUAGUUUAUGUGGCAAUUUUUGAAGUUUCCUAUUUUCUUUCUUUAGUCAGAUGAAGAAGAUGGUCCCACCCUCCCUCCCUUAGAAGACAACAUUGUGACACAGUUGUCCCAAAUGGCACCCUAUUUCCUGUUUAGUGCACUACUGGUCAAAAGUAUUGCACUAUGUAGGGAAUAGGGUGCCAUACGGGACAUUGACCGUGCUAGCUGACCGAAAUAAAGAGUGUUUUAGUUCUCUCUUCCUUAUUCAACAUCCUCUUAUUGCACUCCAGAAUACAUGCAGCCCUGUUAUCAGCACAAUUUCUCAACCCAUACAAUUGUUUCGCUGCUGUGUCCAGUUUGAGAAACAGACAGUCUAGUCGCUGGCAAAGUUGUUCUGUGAAGGGGUGAAGAUGUGUUUUUGUGUUCAGAAAAUCAACCGUGCUUAUUUUAUGGCUGUAAGUUGGUUUGUGAUCCUAUAAAAAGUGUGUUGUGAGAAAGUG